AUGUAAAACUCAAUAGAAGACUAAGAACGAAGUAAUAAUGAAAAUGCAAUAUGUUAUGAAGAUAAUCAUGAAAUACCCACUCAUCUAUGUUAAGAAAAAGACAAUAAAUUUUGUAAUAUUAUAAUUUAUCUUCUCUCUAGAAUCAGGAGAGCAAUCAUUUUAUUUUUCAGAUAGUUUUUAGUAAAUUAAGCAUCUUGAUGAAAAUGGUAUUAAUUUGUGUAUUAUAUUUUCAAGGAUUAGAGCAAUAGUUAAACUAUGAUUAGUGUGUAAAUGUUAAUCAGUAUAUUCAAAGUUAUAAUGAUCAAUCUGAAUCUUCUCAAGAAGAUAAUGGUUGUAAUUCAAUUUUUGGAAAAGAUAGUUACCAAUAUCCAUAAUCUUCAAUCUAAGAAGAUUUGAAAAAUGUUAUAUAGACUAAAGUUUAUACAAAAAUACCUGGAGAAACCAAAAAUCUUCCAAAAUGUUUUGCUAGACGACUAAAAGAAUUUAUCCUUAGUUCAGUAGAAAAUACAGAUGAUCCUGAACUUAAAAAUGCAUAAAAUGAUUCAGAUUUAAAAUCAUUUCUCAAAUUGAAACCUGAAUAAAUAACUAAAUCAAAACUUGAUAUCUUUAUUAAAAGUGAUAUUGGAAGUAUAUUUUGUAAAGAGUUCUUUGGAAGUUGUCAAUGGAAUUAUGGAAUAACUAAAGAGGGUAAAACUAAUGUGGAUCCUUACUUCAGAUAUAAUAUUUAAUAUUUUUGGAAAUCAGUAAAGAAAAUUAAACCAAAUUGA